UGCAUCCAUGCCGCGGUCGAUGUGUUGGUAUAUUUGGCGAAUAAAUUUGUGAAAUUUUAUAGUACUUUUUACCUCAGUGCCAGUGCGAGCCGUGCCCAAGUCGGCGGAACCCUUUCAAUAAAAUUCUGCUCGGCAGGCGGCCAUUCGGUCAAAUCUAGUUCUAGAUCCAUCUCACCAACAGUCGGGAGUCGGGCCCGUAGUGUGCUCAGGUGCAAACUAGCAAAAAAAAAGUGCUGAUAAAAGUUCCGUCCGCUCGAACCACCACUCACUCUUAGUUCAGAAAAAAGCAGCAAUGGAGGAUCUUGACAAGCAGCAGCUGGAACUGUUGAGAAACGCCUUCAACGCGUUCGAUCAGGAGAAGAAGGGAUGCAUCGGCACCCAGAUGGUCGGUACCAUCCUGAGCAUGCUGGGUCACCAGCUGGACGACAAGCUGCUCAAGGAAAUUAUCGAUGAGGUCGACGCUGACGGUUCCGGUGAGCUGGAGUUCGAGGAAUUCGUUACCCUGGCCGCCCGGUUCCUGGUUGAGGAGGACGCCGAAGCCAUGCAGCAGGAGCUGAAGGAAGCUUUCCGUCUGUACGACAAGGAGGGCAACGGCUACAUCACCACCCAGGUGCUGCGUGAAAUCCUGAAGGAGCUGGACGACAACCUGACCAACGACGAUCUGGACAUGAUGAUCGAGGAAAUCGAUUCUGACGGUUCGGGAACCGUUGAUUUCGAUGAAUUCAUGGAAGUCAUGACUGGUGGAGACGAUUAAACCAGUUCAUCGUGGUUGGUCCCCUAUCCAAUUCAGUGUACCAUCCAACUAUUGCUAGCUUAAUGUUCGUUUUAAUAUUUAAUUACCUUCUAUUCUAUCUCGAUAAUGUAAGCUUAAAUUUUCCACCUUGCUCUCUAUUUAAGAAAGCACGUUACCAAGUAAAACGCAGUCAGUAGCUAGAACAGGAAUAUGAAUGUACGUUUAGCAGACAGUCGAACUGUAGGAAUUGGCGAGAGCAAAGUUUUUAUUUGCUACAACCGAGGAGAGAAAUCGGAAAGGAAAAACCAUAGAAAAUCUAUUCGGUACACGAGCCCUCGUAACCGGUGUAGGGUGGGUUCGAAUUAAUCGUGUGUCCAACAGUGUUUAUUGAAUCAUAAAACUUAAUACAGAAAGUCGGACUGGAUCCACCUUUUAUCUAAUAACAAUAAACCACAAUCCACCUCUCGUUCUUAUUUUAUCAUCUAUUGGAGCAAUUUCAUUCUAAGGACCACCAACCACCUCUUUUCAAUAACUUCAAAGUUCGUGGGCUCCGACAGGAAACCAGUUUUCAACUUUUGGAAAACUGCAAUCGUAUUUGUUGUACAGAAUAAAAACAAUUUGUAUCGGAUAAGA